CGGAGUGCGUGGGCGGAUGAGGAAGUUCAGCGCUCAGAUUGAUGGCCACACACCCAUCAGAGUGACUACUUUUUUCUCCUAUGAGUGGCGCACCGGCGGGGAUCUCCAUUCAGCAGGAGACAAAUAAAUAAAGCUGGAUUUGUUUUUCUGUGGUGAAAAUGACAAUCAAGUUGGGGGUCGUCCUUUUCUUACUUCUGUCAAUCCACGGUGCUUGUUUGUCGGUGUUGUGUUCCAGUCUAAAUCUGCUGCCACACGGGGACGACGAUGAAGAUCUCCACGAUACCACUGUCAAUCAAAUGCUGGUGCCUAGAUCGCAUCAGGAGGAUGCCACGCUGAUUCUGAACAAUCUUCUCAAGGAAUACGACAGAACACUUCGGCCCGACAUUGGAGUGAAGCCAACAGUCAUUGAUGUGGGCAUAUAUGUCAACAGCAUUGGCCCUGUUUCAUCCAUCGAUAUGGAGUACCAAAUCGAUAUCAUCUUUGCCCAGACUUGGGUGGAUACACGCCUCCGUUAUAACAGCAGCAGCAUGCGGAUUCUCACUCUCAACAGUAACAUGGUGGGCUUGAUCUGGCUGCCCGACACCAUCUUCAGGAAUUCCAAGACUGCAGACUCUCACUGGAUAACAACACCCAAUCAGCUUCUCCGUAUCCGAAACAAUGGAAAGAUUCUCUACACGCUGAGAAUGACCAUCAACGCUGAGUGUCAGUUGCAGCUCCAUAAUUUCCCAAUGGACGAGCACUCGUGUCCUCUCGUCUUUUCCAGUUAUGGCUACCCACGAGAUGAAAUUAUAUACAAGUGGCGAAGAAACUCAGUGGAGACAUCGGACCAGAAAUACUGGAGACUCUACCAGUUUGACUUCAUGGGGCUCAGAAACACCACUGAUGUACUGACCACGACUGCAGGAGACUAUGUGUUGAUGACAGUAUACUUUGACCUCAGCAGAAGGAUGGGCUACUUCACCAUUCAGACUUACAUCCCGUGUAUCCUGACUGUGGUCCUGUCCUGGGUCUCCUUCUGGAUCAAGAGUGACGCCACGCCGGCGAGGACAGCCUUGGGCAUCACCACGGUGCUGACCAUGACCACAUUGAGCACUGUGGCCCGCAAUUCCCUCCCUCGAGUCUCCUAUGUGACGGCAAUGGACCUGUUUGUCACUGUCUGCUUCCUGUUCGUCUUUGCUGCCAUGAUCGAGUACGCCAUGCUCAACUACUGCUCUGGUCCCCGCAGACCUCCAGCAAAAAUGCAAAAACUGACAUAUUCGUCCUUCAGCACGGGGCGACUCCCUCGUCGACACAUGAUGCCCACGGGCAAUGCUCUCUUCUGGCAGGACUAUGACGAUGACUGCCUGGACCAGUGCCUGGAUGGGAAAGACUGCAAGAGUUUUUUCUGCUGCUAUGAAGAAUGUAAAGAAGGCGGCUGGAAGAAAGGACGCAUACACGUCAACAUCAGUGAACUGGAUUCCUACUCUCGGGUAUUCUUCCCAACUUCUUUCUUGCUCUUCAACAUUGUUUACUGGGUCAGCUACCUCUACCUCUAGUCACACUCCUGACAGAGCAUUGGAGCAUCUGGAUUUGUCAUGCUGCCUCUGGAAUUGAGGAUAGUUUUUUUUCAGAAUCGAGGGUAAGGAGGGACAUGAGCAGGAAUGGACUAAGUAGACCACAGACAUCUGGGUGGCAAUGCAGUAUUUUGACCCACCAGGUGGCAGAGCACCCAUAGUGCCUUCUCUAGUAAGGGUGCACAAGGUCACCGCAGCAUUGCUGUUUUUAUUAGCUCAUACAUCACGCCGCCGCAUGCCGUUUUUUUCUCUCUAUGGUUCUGACUACAUGAAAUGGUAGGACGCUCGCCAUGCAUUUUGUGGUACUUUACAAAUAUAGUAGUGCUCAAUAAUAACAAAAUGUUCCUAGAAUUAUUGGUAUUUUUUCCCAAAGACACCUAUCAAACAAUGCAGUUUACAUUAAAGGAAUGCACAAAAGCUGCAAAAAUACAAAGGAAUCUUGAACGAAACUGGUAUGUUUUGUAGUAAUGCAGUGGUAGUAGUCGUAGUAGUGAGGUCCACCCAUUCAGUUCCACUUGGUCAAAUUGUUUGUCCCCUAAUGAAAAAUAAAGGGAAUUUCUAAUGGCCUGCCAUUUGCGGGACCCUAAGAUGCCUCUCGUGCCCGUCCAGCAACAACCGAGGUGCCGUAAAAUACCUACAUUUGUAGGCCAAGAAAGAGAGAGAAGUGCUGAAAAAUGGAUGAGGCUGAAUUGUUGGGGAUGGAGUCGUUCAAACAGUCACCACAAUGUAUAAUGGAUAACGUGUGGAGACAUAGACACACAUGAAAGCCAGUCUUAACUUUAAUGUUGUGUUUUGGCUUUGUAGAACACACACACACCAGCUUCACUCAGUACGUGUGUGUGUGUGUGCGUGCAUAUGUACGUACGUGUGUGUGUGAUGAGAGAAAUGAGUUACUGUAUGUGUCUAAUGUUUCCUUUUUCAUAAAAAUGGAAUAUAAGUAGACUGCUAGUGAGUUCCAGUUUGUGAAUUUACUACGUAUUGAUCAGGCCUCUGAACAAGUUUGUGUCCAAUUCAGAGGUGUUGACUUUUUGUGCUGACUUUUGACCAUAAAGCCCCCCCUACACACUGCUGGUAUUUCUACUACACUUUAUAAGUGUUAGGCCAUCUCGAUAAUCUAAUAAAACAAAAUGACUAUUUUUAUCUUUAUCAGCAUUUACAAAGAUGCUUUGAAAUCUGAGUACUGAGCUUUGGUCAGCAUUAGCAACCCCCUCGCACAUAUUAAAAACUUAGACGGCAUUGCAAAUAUUACAAUAAAUGUAUUCUCACUUCAACCUCUAACUUUAAGCUACAGUUAUAUCGCUCACAUUGUUGGAGGGGGGGAGAGGCCAAGCUGAUCAUGGAUCAGUACUCCCAGAGAAAAUCUUAUGUCUUUUAACUGGACAAGUAUGUUUUUCUAGUGUGUGGUACAUUGCUUGUAUGAAUAAAUAAUGUUUUGGUCAACUAUUACUGUGAAGUGUCUUUGUGGGGAAAAAAAACAUUUCACUUCAUAA